AUGUCGAACUACAAGGUCGCUGAUAUCUCCCUCGCCGCCUGGGGCCGCAAGGACAUCGAGCUCUCCGAGAACGAGAUGCCCGGUCUCAUGUACCUGCGCAAGAAGUACGGCCCGUCGCAGCCGCUCAAGGGCGCCCGCAUCGCCGGUUGCCUGCACAUGACCAUCCAGACCGCCGUCCUCAUCGAGACCCUGACUGCCCUCGGUGCCGAGGUCUCCUGGAGCUCGUGCAACAUCUUCUCGACCCAGGACCACGCUGCCGCUGCCAUCGCUGAGUCCGGCGUCCCUGUCUUCGCCUGGAAGGGUGAGACCGACGAGGAGUACCUGUGGUGCAUUGAGCAGACCCUGUCUGCCUUCAAGGACAACAAGCCGCUCAACAUGAUCCUCGAUGACGGAGGUGAUCUGACCACCCUGGUGCACGAGAAGUACCCGCAGUACCUGGCUGACAUCAAGGGUGUCUCCGAGGAGACCACCACCGGUGUCCACCACCUGUACAAGAUGUUCGAGGACGGCAAGCUCAAGGUCCCGGCCAUCAACGUCAACGACUCGGUCACCAAGUCCAAGUUCGACAACCUGUACGGCUGCCGCGAGUCGCUCAUCGACGGCAUCAAGCGCGCCACCGACGUCAUGAUCGCCGGUAAGGUCGCUGUCGGCUGCGCUGCCGCUCUGCGCGGCAUGGGUGCCCGCGUCCUGGUCACCGAGAUUGACCCCAUCAACGCCCUGCAGGCUGCCAUGGAGGGCUACGAGGUCACCACCAUGGAGGAGGCUACCGCCGAGGGCAACAUCUUCGUCACCACCACUGGUAACCGCGACAUCAUCACUGGCGUCCACAUGGCGAACAUGAAGGAGGAUGCCAUCGUGUGCAACAUUGGCCACUUUGACGUCGAGAUUGACGUUGCCUGGCUCAAGGCCAACGCCGUCUCGGUUGACAACAUCAAGGCUGGCGUCGACCGCUUCCUGAUGCCCAACGGCCGCCACCUGAUCCUGCUCGCUGAGGGCCGUCUGGUCAACCUGGCCUGCGCCACUGGCCACCCCAGCUUCGUCAUGUCCAACUCGUUCUCGAACCAGGUCCUGGCUCAGAUCGCUCUGUGGACCGACAACGCCAGCUACCCGCUGGGCGUCCACGUCCUGCCCAAGCUCCUCGACGAGGAGGUUGCCCGUGCCCACCUGGGCCAGAUCGGCGUCAAGCUCACCACCCUGAGCGGUGCCCAGGCCGAGUACCUUGGCAUCAGCGCCGAGGGCCCCUACAAGCGCGACGAGUACCGCUACUAA